GGUUUUUCGGUACGAGCCCAUCAUGUAAGGUUGGUAAAUAUACGGGUUCUUUACGAACGUUCAUCUUGAACCCUCAUGCCAGCGGUCCUCUCUACCCUCCGCAACCGACUGCUCAGUCGUCGAGCCCUAAUUUAUGCUUCUUCUUCCCUUCUGGUCGGAACUGGAGCUACUGUUUACUAUCUAAAUUCAGGACCCUCGUUUCCUCCGAGCACGAAAGAAUCUCGCAGGCCCCCUCCGCCGUGGACACCCCCUUCUCGAUUCGACAAUAUACAAAGUCUCAAGACCUCAUCACAGCAGGAACCUUUUGAUCUGUUAAUUGUUGGCGGAGGCGCUACAGGAGCUGGUGCUGCGCUCGAUGCUGCCUCUCGUGGUCUCAGAGUUGCCCUAGUCGAGCGGGACGAUUUCGCUGCCGGGACAUCCAGCAAAUCGACAAAGCUUGUUCACGGAGGUGUGCGGUAUCUUCAGAAAGCUAUAAUGGAGCUCGACAGGGAACAGUGGGCCCUGGUCAAGGAAGCAUUAAAAGAAAGGAAGGUAUUUCUUCAUACAGCACCCUACCUGAGUCAUAUGCUUCCUAUCAUGCUUCCUGUGUACAAUGUCAUUCAAUUGCCAUAUUAUUUCGCUGGCUGCAAAAUGUAUGAUAUUCUGGCAGGAUCUGAAAAUAUGUCCAGCUCUUAUAUGAUGUCGAAGAGUAAAGCAUUAGAAACUUUUCCGAUGCUGAAGCAGGAAGGUCUGGUUGGAGCAGUUGUGUAUUACGAUGGACAGCACAAUGAUUCACGCAUGAAUACCGCUUUGAUCAUGUCUGCUGUAAAGCACAACGCUGUGGUGGCUAACUAUACCGAAGUUUUGUCUUUUUACAAGUCGAAUGAAAAGCUUAGUGGCGCACGGGUUCGUGACGAGCUUACAGGUGAAGAGUUUGUUGUGCAUGCUAGGGGUAUCAUAAAUGCCACUGGUCCCUUCUCCGAUGCUUUGCUCCAUCUUUCCUCACAGGCAUCCACUGAUCCCACCUGCCCCAAACCAGCAAGCUCUGCCGCUACUCCUGCGUCUAAACAUAAAAAUAUCGUCGCGCCCUCUUCCGGAAUACACAUUACGCUCCCAAACUAUUAUGCACCGAAGACUAUGGGUUUGUUAGACCCCGCAACUUCCGAUGGACGAGUCAUUUUCUUCUUACCGUGGCAGGGCGGUGUGAUUGCUGGUACUACAGAUGCGCCAGCACCCUUGGAGAAAGAUCCUGUGGCUCCGGAAGAGGAGAUUCGAUGGGUUCUGGAAGAAGUGAGGCAUUACCUGAGUCCGGAUAUCAAGGUCCGUAGGGGAGAUGUUCUUUCUGCCUGGUCCGGCCUUCGACCGCUUGUGCGAGACCCAAAAAGUGCAGAAGCAAGCGGAACUGCGGGAUUAGUUCGAAGUCAUAUGAUAUAUGUCGACCCGCAAGGCAUGCUUACUAUUGCUGGAGGUAAAUGGACUACCUACCGAGCGAUGGCAGAAGAAGGCAUCGAUCGUGCUGUUCAUGAAUUCAAACUGCGAUACGAUUCAUCAGGGAAUGACCGCGGCUCACACAUUGAGAAAAGCAUCACUGAGAAUGUCAGGUUGAUCGGUAGUGAACACUGGGGAAGAAACAUGUUCAUUGGACUCAUCCAAAGGUAUGGGUUUGAUGCCGAGGUAGCCAAACACCUUUCCGAAUCGUACGGCGACCGCGCUUGGACUGUCUGCGACCUUGCGGAACAGUAUGAUGAGACGGACGACGGUGGUUGGCCAUUGCAUGGCAAAAGACUUUCUGAUUUGUAUCCAUAUAUCGAGGCAGAAGUUCGUUACGCCGUCAAGCAUGAGUACGCUGUGAAGGCGACGGAUGUUCUUGCGAGGCGAACUCGUUUGACAUUCUUGAACGCACAGGCCGCUCUCGAUGCAUUGCCUCGCGUCGUCGACAUCAUGGCAUUCCAUCUUGGUUGGGACCUCUCACGCAAAAAGCAAGAGAUCCGAAGCACUGUCAAAUUUUUGGAAAGCAUGGGCUUGAAACGCGAAGUCGUCGAGGCACAGUACAAGGAAGUCGGCGGGCUGCCAGAGCCUAUCGCUCGAGGAUGGCGUGAAAGUUUCGUACUCCAGUCCGAGCGAAAUCUUCGUCGCAUCCGCUCCUCGAUCUAUACCGGAUUUGGGUUUUUCAACUCUGGUGCCAAGUAUGAUGUCUCUUUACACACAGUCCCACCAGUAUACUCUCGGGCCAAAUUCGACAGGAGUGAGCUUGUAGCUUUGAGGACGGCGUUCGAGGUGUUUGCGUCCGAUGUUUUCCCAGGCGUCGCCCCGUCCCAUGUCGAAUCUACGCAUAUCCCCAGUCCGACAAUGUUGAAGCAGUCCAGCAAGUUAUUGCCAGUUUCUCAGGUGUUACAGGUAAUCAGACAAGUACCGGGAUAUCAAGAGAUGUUAGCAAGUGAUCUAGAUAAGGACUUGAACUAUGUCAUAGAAGAGGCAGGAUUCAAGGGCCGCAAGGAAAUCGGCUUUGAGGAGUUUGUCGAGAUUUGUGGAGAUCUCAAGGAAAUCAGUUUCGCACCUGCUCUGGUUGCGCACGAUCCUGGUAGGAAACAGAGGGAGGCAAUACCUGUUGAGAAGAGUGGAGGAGGAGUGUAAUUGAACCAUUUAUACUAAUAUAAUAUUAAUAUUAAUGAAGUGGAUCGUGAAAUUAUUCGGACAG